AAGUCCCCCAAAUGUUUAGAGUAGCUAUCUCUGAGCAAAGCCGCCUCAUAGGUCAGCAGUUCUGAGUUCUUUAUCUCUGCUAUAACCUAGAAAGAGAAACCCAGUCUUUCUCUCUCUACAUCUCUAUGUUAGAGAUAAGAAAGAGAGAGAAUUAUUGAGAGGUGAUCCUUGUAAAAAUGGUGAAACUCAGCGGCUAUUAAUGCUUCACUUGUAGGGUUUUGAUUAGCAUACAGUAUCUCUCUGUUCCAAACUGUCACAAGAGGCGUUCAAGGUGUCGUUUUUGUUUCUUUGAUUCUGCUAGUGGGGCCAAAAUAAGGUAGAAGCAAUGGUGGACUAUGAAUGGGGGAAUUCAUCAACGAUCAUGCUCUCAGGCGAAGAACCGGCCCAAGAUUCUAACCAAAACCGACAGAUUUUUGACCCGUAUGCCACUCAUAACUUCACGGAAGCCAACACUUUUGUUAACCCUAAUGAUUUCGCCACCCCCACUCCUCACAACCACCAUCACUACCAUCACCAACAACCGUUUCACCACCCAAAUACUAACACCCAUUUGACUAAUUUCUAUGACCCACGCUCUUAUGGCGCUUCUGGGUCAUCGUACUCGAAUCCUCAUGCACCACAGGCUUCAAUGCUCACUCUUGAACCAACCGGUCCAACUGGGUUUAUGAUGGUUCCCAAGAGUGAGCCGGUUGUUGGUGGUUUCGAAUUUAACACCAGCACCAGUAGGAUUGGGCUUAAUUUAGGUGGGAGGACUUAUUUUUCUUCCUCCGAGGACGAUUUUGUGAACCGCCUAUACCGCCGGUCCAGGUUAAUUGAGCACGGCUCAGUCAACUCCCCAAGAUGCCAAGCUGAAGGCUGCCACGCGGACCUGACCCACGCCAAACACUACCACCGCCGCCACAAGGUGUGUGAAUUCCACUCCAAGGCCGCCACCGUCAUCGCCGCCGGGUUGACUCAGCGAUUCUGUCAACAAUGCAGCAGAUUUCAUCUCCUUUCGGAAUUUGACAACGGGAAGAGGAGUUGCCGGAAAAGAUUAGCUGACCAUAACCGGCGGAGGCGAAAAUCCCAAUUAUAA